AUGCCCGCGACUUCGUCUUGGAAAGAUGACAUCUUCCUCAAGAUCGUCAACAUAAUUGUCUACUUCCUGUUCCUGGGCUCGAAUAUCUACACCGUUGCAGGCCCAAGCUCCAUUUACUAUACCGGGAAGGAAACAUACAUUACCCCUGCUCCUUGGGCUUUCUUGAUUUGGACCCUAAUUCAUCUUUUGCUGCUCGGAACGAUCAUCUACCAAUUCUUCGGCGAUGGCAAGCAAGUUAUUGUAGACGGCAUCUCGUGGCGCCUGCCGCUCCUGGCUGUGCUUAAUGCCAUCUACGUGAACUUGUGGGCCUCGCAACACUACCUUACUGCGUUCUUCUUCGCUCUGUUCGUUAGCUCUGCUACCACGCACAUCUACUACAUCGUGAAGAAAUUCCAUGAGCCUCAGAAUGUGUGGGACGAGCUCUUUGUCCAUCUGCCCUUCUCUUUGUACCAUGGCUGGACGACUGUACUAGUCGUCCUCACGGCGUUCGAAGCCUUUGGUGUGGACGCCGGGACCACCCGUGCGGGUGUUUGGACAGAGGUCCUUGUGUUCCUUGCCCUGUUCUUCCUCGAGGGUACCGCUGCGACGUACGCGUUCUCCUCCCCCGAGGGUGAUCUCCCGGCUAGCAUUGCGAUCGCCUGGUCGCUCUGGGCCAUCUUUGCUCACCAGCACCGCCCCGCGUUCAUCCGCUGGAGCGCGCUCGCGUUCGCCAUCCUCGCGCUCGUGUGGGUUGCUAAGGCCUUCGUCGGUAUCAUUGUGAAGCUCCGCCGCGGCAGCGGAGGCAUCUCCCUUGACGAGGAGAGAGCCCCCUUGGUCGGCAAUUAG